CUAUCCACCACCUUACCCUACCUAAACUCAGCAAUGGCCCGCACUAAGCAAACCGCCCGCAAGUCCACUGGUGGUAAGGCCCCGCGUAAGCAACUCGCCGCAAAGUCGGCGCGCAAAACCGCCGCUACCGCAACUGGCGGUGUAAAGAAGCCUCACCGCUUCCGCCCUGGUACCGUUGCCCUCCGCGAGAUCCGCCGAUACCAAAAGUCCACCGAGCUUCUCAUCCGGAAGCUUCCCUUCCAGCGUCUGGUCCGUGAGAUUGCUCAGGACUUCAAGACCGACCUUCGCUUCCAGUCGUCCGCCGUCAUGGCCCUUCAGGAAGCGGCGGAAGCCUACCUUGUAUCUCUCUUUGAAGACACCAACCUUGCCGCCAUCCACGCGAAGCGUGUCACUAUACAGCCCAAGGACCUCGCACUGGCCCGUCGUUUACGGGGCGAGCGUACUUAAGCUUUCACCGUAUCAGGGCUCGCUGUCACACUGUACUUGUACGACAUUGCUAGAUAUUAUUCGCAAUUCAUUCUAUUAUAUUCGA